UCGUAGAUGUCCAGGUGUAGCUUCACUGUCCAAUAUCUUGCUCUCUUGCUCUGCUGUACCUGACUUCAGAGGGGACUUAUGCAUGUGCGAGCUUGUGUAAGCAGGCCCAAUGGAGCAGCUGGCUGUCCACCACCACCGUCACCGUUUCACGUCCAUUCAGAGCCCACCACACGACCGCGCUUGUAAUGCCAUUGCUCUCCUCCCCUCCUCCCCUCGGGUGAGGUUGCAGAGCCACGCCCCAAGAACGCCUGCCUGUGUGCUGUGUGCUGUGUGCUGUGUGCUGGUUGAUGCAAGGUCUGGUCUGGGCCCGGAAUGGGGGAACCGACCGCCCACGCCCGAACCAGCCCUUGACCCCCAUCGGCGGGCUCGCUCUCGUCUGAGUCGACUCUCGUUUCUCUCACGAGUGCCCGCGGCUGCUGCCCUCUGCCCUCUGCCCUCUGCCCACUGCCCCGUCCCCGUCCUUUCCCACAGCUGUGGCAUCCUGGGCGCGACCAGGGCUGGCUAG